UUUUUUUUACCCCUUUCUGCUACCUCUCAAGCGGGGACACACAAGGCAAGACCUCCGGCACUGGCGCCCUGGCCCCGGCCCUUCUCCCAUGUCGCCUACCCCACCGCCCAUGGGACUACCAAAAUCCACCUCCCGCAUCAGGGGAGGAUUGGGCAGGAUUGCUGAGUCCGGGAGGCUUUCUGGUCUUAAAGGACUUUUCUGCCUUACCCAGGCAUAUGGGGAAUUCUAGCAGUUCUAUAGCUUUCUGCGGGGCGGGGACAAUACAUGCCUAUGGAGCUGGUCGGUAUGAGAAAUGAUACGGAAAAGGGGAUGGAUUGCGUUCAACGUAAUUUGCAUAAGUUGAAUAUGUAGUAUGUACAUCUUAGCUGAGUUAAUAUCGUUGUAGGACCUUAACUCUUGCAACCUUGAGAAUGAGAAGGCAACGUUAUAGUUGCAUUAAGAUAAAUAUUUCCUGUUUAUAAGAAUUUGCUGUAAUGUAAGAAUUAUGGGCGAUUCAUUACACCACGAAUAUGUAUCUGUUCCCCAUCAGAUUUGCAGUUAAUAUACAUUAGGUAUAUCUUCAACUGCUAGAAUCUGAACUCUUGUUCUAUUUGGUUUAAGGAAAUAAGCAUCCCUGAUGGUCCUCCCCCUUUUCCCUAGAAACAUGACUAUGCUUUUGAAGGCCUUGGGAAAAAUCUUUUUUCAACCCUAUAUAUCACCUUGUCAGUAUAAUUUAUCCUGGCUAGCCUAAUGGUGCAUUACUGGGUUAUGCCGGACAAAGUAGUAACCUACUUUUUGUUCUGGAUUUAAUCCAUGUAAGAAAUGUUGUAUGCAGUGAAUACAUGGGGGUUGGAACAAGGACCAUGCUUGUCUUGGGAUGCCUUUCUUUGAGUAAUGCAAACUUCCUUUUAAUUGUCAUGCAUUUUUCUAGUAAAAGCUCUGCAAGUCUGCAAUAAAAAUGGCCUCCAAUAAAACUACAUUGAAAUCCAAAACAUUGAUCUUUAAGUGACAAGAAUUAGUGAAGCCGAAAAGAGUGCCAGAAAACAGUCUUCCAUUGAAUCAAAGAAUUUUAGUCCAACGGAGAAUACAGAUGGAGAUGUUCCCCACUUGUAGCCUGCUUGCCUCAUCACCACACAAAAUGGGAAAGAAACAGAAUGGCAAAGGUAAAAAAGUUGAAGAGGCAGAGCCUGAAGAGUUUGUUGUGGAGAAAGUCCUGGACAGACGUGUUGUAAAUGGAAAGGUGGAAUACUACUUGAAGUGGAAAGGAUUUACAGAUGCUGACAACACAUGGGAACCUGAAGAGAACUUAGAUUGUCCAGAGCUAAUUGAAGCUUUUCUGAACUCUCAGAAAGCUGGCAAAGAAAAAACAGAUGGUGCAAAAAGAAAAUCUUUGUCAGAUAGCGAAUCUGAUGAUAGUAAAUCAAAGAAAAAGCGUGAUUCUGUUGAUAAACCAAGAGGGUUUGCAAGGGGUCUUGAUCCCGAGAGGAUAAUUGGGGCUACGGAUAGCAGUGGAGAGCUUAUGUUCCUCAUGAAAUGGAAAGAUUCUGAUGAGGCAGAUCUGGUGCUGGCCAAAGAAGCUAAUGUGAAGUGUCCUCAGAUCGUAAUCGCUUUUUAUGAAGAACGGCUAACUUGGCAUUCAUGCCCAGAAGAUGAAGCACAAUAAUUGUUUGCAUUGCUUUUUUUAUAUAUAAGAAUAUUAAAACCUGAAAUUUGAUUUAUUAGCAAUGUGAGAAGCAUACAUUCUAACAAGUUUCAAAUUUGAUAUUUUUUUGAAGUAGUAUGUUUUGCAUCAACAGCAAGUAAAUAAAAGCUUUCUGCAACUUGUUUCAUUUAUCACAAGAGAGCAUUUGAUACUACUACUUCCUCCAUAUUAGGUAAAAGGUUUUAUAAAACAUUGAUGAACUUCCAUAGUUAUUACAGAAUCAUAAUGAAUGUCUAAACAAACUCACAGAUGUUUUGUAGUCUUCUAUACUAUUGAUGUGCAUGUAUCUUCUUUACCCAAACCUAGCCCUUUAAACCUGUAGGGUCAUUCUUUUUAGUAUUUGGGAUCACUUGGUCUUAAGAAGACCAGGUGAAAACUAACUUUGUAGUAAUUUGAAUGUUAUCAGACUGUAUAUUGUUUACUUUAUUGUAAAUACUGGUGAACAGUGGUCAAUAAAAUAGUUUUAUAUUCUUCCUUUAUACUGAUAGGCUGUGACUCUUUUGAAGCGGGGUAUUUCUCAACUUUUGAUAUGUUAAACUCAAUUUGUAAUAUAUUUAACUGUAAGUUGUUUUCUUGGGGAGUAGGUUGAUUACUAAUAUUACCCCACUGCUACUCUUAUCACAAUACUGGGCAAGUACCAGGCUUUGAUUAUUAGUUGGGGUUUUUUGUGAAUACUGCCUGAGACACGGGUUUUUUUCAGUCAGGAAGGGCCUGUAAAAUUAAUGUGCUUUGAGUACUCCUGUAAGUCACAGAUGGCAACCACAAGACUUAGGUACAGCAGUUGGUCACAAGGCCAAGUAGCCUCUGCAGGCAUACUAGGAAAUAUUUGACAUGUCUUAGCAAAAUUAGCCCUUGCUUUAAUGUCAGGUCUUAAUAGAAGCCUAUACUGUACUCUAGAACUGGUUCAGAUGAAAUUAUUCUUCAGGCCAUCACCUGAAGAAUACUUUCAUAGCUCAGCUUUUAAAGUGGAAUAUUACUUAAGUCAUAUACUUGGAACAAAAGGCUUUCCUUCUGUUCCAGAUGGAAUUUUAAAAUUAGUCCUAUAAUCAGCUGCUUGGAGAAUACCUUCAGAAGGGCAGAAAUAAAGGGUGGUAAACUCAGGAAGAGUAAAGUUGCCAUGCAUUUUUUCACUUGCUUUGGAUGCUUACACACCAUCUUCUCUUUGUGUUUUGACUACCAUACUAUAGUUUGCCUUAAGCUGUUCUUACAUGUCAAUGGCCAAGGCUAUUUCAGAAUUAUCCUUAAUUUAGAGUUUUGACUAAAAAAUACAAUACUAUAGUACACUGUUGGUGUCAGUAGACUCAUAAAAUGGUUUGGGUUGAAAAGGACCUUGAAGAUCAUCCAGUUCCAACCUGCCUGCCAUAGGAAGGGACACCUUUCCCUAGACCAGAUUGCUCAAAGCCCCAUCCAACCAGGCCUUGAACACUUCCAGGGAUGGGCUGUCAUCCGCUUCUCUGGGCAACCUCUUCCAGUGCCUCACCACCCUAAGAGUAAAAAUGUAUUCCUAUAAUAUCUAAACUAACCCUGUUCUCAGUUUGAAGUCAUUUCCCCUUGUCCUGUCACUACAUGCCUUUGUAAUUCCUCUCCAGCCUUGUUGUAAACCUCCUUUAGGUCCUGCAAGGUUCUCUAAGGUUUCACUGGAGCCUUCUCUUCUCCAGGCUUAACAAUCCCAACUUUCUCAGCCUGUCUUCACAGGAGAGGUGCUACAGCCUUCUGAUCAUCUUUGUGGCUCUUCUCAAAGGUGAGACGGUUGGAAUUGUCUGGGUAUGUUUUUUUAGAAGAUUAAAAAAACAUGGAUAUUCCUGGAAACCCUCAUUUAGUGUGCAUCGCCUGAAGAGUAAAGGAAGGAAUCCAGUCUGUGCUUGAUGUUCUUUUGAUACUGUUUCACAAAUCAUUACUAUAAUUGUCCUUUCAGUAGUUUGAAAAGCCAUUUAUAUCAUGAAACAAAGCCUGUCAGUGUAGAGCACCUACUUACAGUUAAUCAGCAGUGGCUAAACUUGCUAUGUGAACUUUUUCCUAAAGAUUUUUUUAUUACUGGUUUUGGGCAGAAUUCAGUCUCUAUUUGUGGCUCUAGGAAAAAUCUGAUAUCCCUGUUAACAUGGGGUCACUUGCACCAGAUAAGGAUAAUUUUAGCGCUUAACUAAUCUCUCUUGCCUGUUCCUUAGACAAAUCACCCUGACUUUGUCACAUGCUUAAUUAAGCCUUCUACAGAGUUCAUGGCUUAAUUUUUGGGAGGCCUGUAAUAGAAAUAUUUAUACACCUAGUAUAUAGGAUUCUGAGAUCCUUGCUUUUUUAUCCAGUAGCUUGAUAAACAGAUGGGCUUAAGAGGAAUUCCAAAGCAGCUUGUGUUCUUCUGCCAGUUUCUUCAGUAUGGAGUGCUUUGUAAAGAGUCUUAAAACCGUUACUGUACAAGUUGCAUUUUACUGCCUGAAACUUUGCAGUUUCUGUAACUCGUUUCAAGUGUGGAUAUCAAGUCUGUGUGAAGUUGCUGAUUACAAGCAAUACAGGUUAAACAGUUGUUUUUAAUUAUUGGUUAUUGUUUGUGAUAGACAAAGAUUUUUUUUGUUGAAAGGUUGGUUCUCCUCAAUUUGUAACCCUUAAAGUACAGAUUUGUAACUAGAUACAGCUUUUUACAUUAUAUUUGGUUCUUCCUCUGACUUAAUGAAAAUACACUGUAUUCACUUUUAAACGACUUUGCAGCUUGUUAGACAGUUCUUUAGAUAGCUGAUUUUUUUAUGUUAUAAUGGUAAAUAUGCUGACUGGUAUUUGUUUCCUUUUUUUUCUCCUCACUUUGUGUCAAACUGAGUUUUGCUAGUAAUGAGAUGCAACACUUUAAAGUUACAAGUUAUGUAAAGUAAUGCUGAAUGUGCUGCAUACAUAGGCAAAAAGUUAACAAAUGUUAUUAAUUUAAAAUUAACUGAUUAAAUAAAUGAGAUAUCUUCUGUAGUUA